UUACAAGAGUGAUCUCUACUUGACUCCAAUUUUUCCCUUCUUCCAUCUCCAAGCACGAUUAAGCUUUUUAUUAAAAAAAUGUUAGCAUGACACGGUCCAAUCGUGUUGAUAACAAUUUUGCAGCUGAUUAAGGAAGAAGAAAUGUGAACUAAAGUUAAGGAACAAAUUCUUCCAUGAUUCGCAUCAUAUUCAAUUCGUGUCUUGAGGACCCGAGACCAGCCGGACAGUGAUCGAUCGAUACUAUCCGAUGCCAUUGCAGGAUGAUAAGCAAAUUUCAAAUCAAGUGAAGUUGAUGAGAUGUGUAUCGAUGACAUUGGCAAAGCUACUUCCGUCGAUGGCUCAUCGGAGCAAGAAAGUCAUAAGAGUUCCAGCGCAACACAGCCUAGAGCCCGAGAGAGACGAUGGAGGGACGGGGGGUCUGGGAAGGCUAUGUUGCAGGGAUACGGAUACACCGAUACGCGGAUACGCGAAUACGGAGAUUGGAUAUUGUUUACACUGACUGCAUUAAAGGUAUUCCGUGAUAAUAACCAAUUCAUCAAGGAUGGGGGGCGCUGUGCUUGUUGCCCUUGUUGCUGCCAUUGGUAACCUAUUGCAAGGAUGGGACAAUGCAACAAUAGCAGGAUCAGUGCUUUACAUAAAAAAGGAAUUCAAUUUGGAAACACAACCAACUAUAGAAGGGUUAAUUGUGGCGAUGUCAUUAAUCGGAGCAACCUUUAUCACAACAUUCUCUGGGCCUGUUUCUGAUUCCCUGGGAAGGCGUCCAAUGCUCAUAAUCUCAUCUGUCCUCUAUUUCCUCAGUGGUUUGGUGAUGCUCUGGGCCCCAAAUGUUUAUGUGUUGCUUUUGGCAAGGCUGUUGGAUGGGUUUGGAGUUGGUCUUGCCGUAACUCUUGUUCCUGUGUAUAUAUCUGAAACAGCUCCUCCAGAUAUCAGAGGAUUUUUGAAUACUUUCCCCCAGUUCACUGGCAGUGUCGGAAUGUUUUUGUCGUACUGCAUGGUUUUUGGGAUGUCACUGAAAGAUUUGCCUAGUUGGAGGCUAAUGCUUGGAGUUCUUUCAAUUCCUUCUCUUCUUUACUUCCUUUUGACAAUUCUCUACUUGCCUGAGUCACCCAGGUGGCUUGUCAGUAAAGGAAAGAUGAAAGAAGCUAAGAAAGUUCUGCGGAAAUUGCGUGGAAGGGAAGAUGUAUCAGGUGAAAUGGCCUUGCUGAUGGAAGGUUUAGAUGUUGGUGGUGAUAUAUCAAUAGAGGAGUACAUAAUUGGACCAGAUAAUGAUCUUGCUGAUACCCAAGAGCAUGCUUCAGACAACAAGAACCAGGAGACUAUAAAGUUAUAUGGUGCUGAAGAGGGCCUUUCAUGGAUAGCUAAACCAGUCACUGGUCAAAGUACUCUUGGUCUGGUUUCCCGACGUGGAAGUAUGGCGGCAACAGCUGUUCAAGGGUCUUUUAUGGACCCCAUGGUCACUCUCUUUGGCAGCGUACAUGAAAAACUUCAAGAUCCCACCGGAAGCAUGCGAAGCAUGCUCUUUUCCAACUUCGGCAGCAUGUUCAAUGUGGCCGAGAAUAAGAAUGAACAAUGGGAUGAGGAGAAUGCAGGGGAGGAGAAUCACAUAUUCGACAACGAUUCUGGCCACGAAUCGGAUGACAACAAUCUAAGGAGCCCAUUUCUCUCACGUCAAGGCACAAAUGCCGGAAAGGAUAUGGAAACCAGACAAGGGAGUACUCUCAUCAUGCAAGGAAGCGAGGAAGUAAGCGGCAUUGGUAUUGGUGGGGGUUGGCAGUUGGCCUAUAAAAAAGACGAUAGGAAGGAAGGAGCAAUGAAAAGAAUCUAUUUGCAUCAAGAAGGUGGUCCUGGAUCACGACGUGGAUCUAUCAUCUCCCUUCCUGGUUGUGAUAAUCCUGCAGAAGGUGAAUUUAUUCAAGCUGCUGCUCUAGUAAGUCGGUCUAUUCUUGGGACAGAAGACAUUAUGGGCCAAAAACCUAUUGAAGAAGCCAUGGAGACAAAAUCCAAGAUUGCAAAUAAAGGAUCAGCCUGGAAUGAUCUCUUUGAGCCAGGAGUGAAGCAUGCACUUAUUGUUGGAGUUGGGCUUCAAAUACUUCAACAGUUUUCUGGGAUUAAUGGAGUUCUCUACUAUACUCCUCAAAUACUUAAACAAGCUGGAGUAGGACUUCUGCUUUCAAAGUUAGGGCUGGGAUCAGACUCAGCAUCUAUCCUCAUAAGUGCUGCCACAACUUUGUUGAUGCUUCCCGCAAUAGGUAUUGCGAUGAGACUGAUGGAUAUAGCAGGCAGGAGGUGGCUUUUACUCUAUACAUUGCCAGUCCUGCUAACUUCACUUGUCACUCUAGUCCUGGGGAAUAUAAUCCAUAUGUCUCAAGUAAUCAAUGCAGUCAUAUCCACGAUUAGUGUUGUGAUCUACCUGUGCUGUUUCGUCAUGGGCUUUGGCCCAAUCCCCAACAUCCUGUGCGCCGAGAUAUUUCCCACACGUGUCCGUGGCCAAUGCAUUGCUAUAUGUGCUCUUACAUUUUGGAUUGGAGAUAUAAUUGUCACUUACUCCCUCCCAUUAAUGCUCUCUUCCGUCGGUCUCCGUGGAGUCUUUGGCAUCUACACUAUUGUGUGUGCGAUUGCAUGGGUUUUUGUUUACUUGAAAGUUCCAGAAACAAAGGGAAUGCCGCUUGAAGUGAUCACGGAGUUCUUUGUGGUUGGCGCAAAGCAAGCUAGUGAAUAAAAUGCUGCACAUUUGCAAUGGAACUUCUUUAAUAAGAGGGAGUCACUUGUUCAGAGAAAGAUCAGAGGCAUAUCUGAUUGACAAUUUUGGAAGGAAUACGGAUAGCCGGAAAAAUCUCAAAGGGAAGGGAACACCAUAUAGUUAUUUAUUCAUUCUUUGUUUUUUGAUUCUUUUAUUUAUAUGGUAUAUGCGACAUUUUAUAAAUACUCGUGCUUCUCACAAUUUGUCCAGUUUAGCUUUAUAAUAAUCCAAAUGUUAAUUUAACAGGCCUUUGUCUUGAUACAAACCUACUAAUUGUCAAUGGGAAUUGGGAAUACAUAGCCCAAAAGUCUGGUUCCCGCUCUUGAAUCGGCCACUCCACG